GAUAAUUGAAGUUGGCUUUUAGAUAAUGUUAUAUUUAGAUUUGUAACUUUGAUAGGAAUUGAAUCACAUGCCACCUGCAUACCAUAUUUGGUGAAAGUGAUGACCUGUAGGAAGACGAAGACCCCUGCCCUUUUCAAAUGCCUGUUAAAUAUAGGUGCCUGUCUUGUGACUUGAAUGACACAUUAAUUGUAGAACAUAUCAUUCAGGCAUUCUACUGAGGCUGACUAGGUAGCAGUUAUAUGUAUAUAUAUAUAUACUUUUAUGAGUUCUUAGGUUCUUUAUUGUUAAUACAUCUGCAAUACAGUGUAGUUCAUCUAAUUGAAGAACUUGGAUAUCACAGACUUUAAACCUAGAACAGUAAGUUUAGAUGGCAAGCAAAGCUGAUCCAACUUUGGCGAUGCGGAGGAAAAGUAAGCGUUUCCGUACUGAAGAAGAAGAACAUGUUGGUGAAUACUAUGUACAGAAACAACAGGUGGAGGCCAAUAAGGCCUUCACUCACUUACAGCACAUGUGUGCUCUGGAUGUCGACUCUGAACCUCACUCAGUGCGUAUGACAGGGAUCAUUUGCACAAUUGGUCCAGCAUGCCGCUCAGAGGACAUGAUUGAAGACAUGGUGAUGGCAGGAAUGAAUAUUUGUCGACUUAAUUUCUCUCAUGGAGACCAUGAAUAUCAUGAGGAAACUAUCAGAAUAAUCCGUGAGGCUCUAGCAGAUUUCAGCCACCCUAGACCUACAGCUAUUGCCUUGGAUACAAAAGGACCUGAAAUUAGGACAGGUUUACUUCAAGGGGGUGCAUCUGCUAUAGUCCAUCUUACGAAAGGCCAGGAGGUUACAAUCACAACUGAUGACAAAUACGAAAAACAGUGCGAUGUAAACCAUCUGCAUGUUGACUACAAGAACAUAACUAAAGUGAUGAAUCCUGGGAAAAGAAUCUUCAUAGAUGAUGGUUUGAUUUCUUUAAUCGUAAAAGAAGUAGGCAAUGACUUUUUACGAUGCGAGGUAGAAAAUGGAGGGGAUCUAGGCAGCAAAAAAGGUGUGAAUCUCCCUGGCACGGAGACGGACCUACCAGCUGUGUCAGAAAAGGACAAAAGUGACUUACUUUUUGCAGUGGAACAAGAGAUUGACAUAAUUUUUGCGUCAUUCAUAAGAAGUGGGGAGCACAUCAAACAAAUUCGUGAGAUUUUGGGAGAGAAGGGAGCUUACAUUAGAGUUGUUGCCAAAAUUGAAAACCAAGAAGGCAUUCAACAUUUUGAUGACAUUCUCAGUGAGGCAGAUGGCAUCAUGGUAGCCAGAGGGGAUCUAGGUAUUGAGAUCCCCCCUGAAAAGGUAUUUCUGGCACAAAAGAUGAUGAUUGGGCGCUGUAACAGAGCAGGAAAACCAGUCAUUUGUGCCACACAGAUGCUGGAGAGCAUGAUAAGUAAUCCACGUCCAACUAGAGCAGAGGCCAGCGAUGUUGCCAAUGCAGUGUUAGACGGAGCAGACUGUGUCAUGCUCUCGGGAGAAACUGCCAAAGGAAAAUAUCCUCUGGAAGCCCUGAAGAUGAUGCAUCAUGUAUGUAGAGAGGCAGAAUCUGCAGUAUUUCACAGACAGCUGUUUGAAGAACUGCGACGUGAGACUCCUAUACCCACUGACACCACCCAUGCCACUGCCAUAGGCGCAGUGCAAGCCGCUAUUACUGUACAAGCUGCUGCCAUCAUCGUGGUUACAACUACUGGAAGAACCGCACAAAACAUAGCAGCUUAUAGACCUGGAAUUCCAACACUUGCUGUUACAAGGUCCCCAUCAUGUGCACGCCAAUGUCAUCUAUUUCGUGGAGUAUUUCCGCUUCAUCAUCUUGAGCCUCGUUGUGCUGAGUGGACUGAGGACAUGGACCGCAGAAUCUACAAGAGCAUCGAUGUGGGCAAGAAGCGUGGCUUCAUGAAGGAGGGAGACCCACUGGUUGUGGUGACAGGGUGGAAGGCUGGUGCUGGCUUCACUAACACAAUCCGUAUCAUCACAGUGCCAAAGGAGGCCCCCAAGUACGACCCCAUCAUUGGGUCUCUGCACAUCACUAAUUAUGCAGAUUAACCUGUCAUAGUUCAAGAUCAAGCUCCAGGGUUGUUUUUGUCUUCAGUUUCUGGGAAUUUUCAAAGGAGUUUUUCCCAUUGGUGCAUUGAUGCCUUUUUACUAUGUUCAUGUCCGUUUCAACUCCAUUUUGCCAAUUGUUUGGUGCACAUGGUGUGUAACUUAGUUGCUAAUUUGGGAAGUUAUGUACAUAAAACAUAUUUACACCUUAACUUUGUUGUGCUAAGAGAGUGAUCUGAGAAAAUAGUUUUAAUGCAUUGAUGUUGAUUGUGCCCCAUGUUCCCAUCCCAUACACUAGUCUACAUUUAGAAGGUGCCAUAGCAAACUGAUGUGUUGAUUUUGAAUUUUUUUUAUGAAAGCAGUUAGAAGAUUUGCAUAUGAAGGUGUGGUUACUAAUUGAGUGCUGGUGUUUUGAAAAGAGUUCUUGAGUUCUUGCUAUUGAUUUUUCAACAGUUGCACUUUAUGAAAAAGUCUGAAGACUGUGAUAGUACUGAAGAAACGGGAUUGAUCAGUAUUAUACAUAAUAAUUGUAAUAACAUAGUUAUGUAAACCUUGGCAAGACAACAAUGCCUUUGGAAUGUUUUUUUGAUUACAGAUGAUAAAUUUACUUUAUCACAUUCAUUGAUGAACUUGCUUUAUCACAUUAUCUGAACUAAAAGGGUUCAAUUAACAAAUAACAUAAAGAAAAAAGGAGAAAUUACUCUUACCUGAAGACUUAAUUGCUGUGACUCUGAUGAGUCGUUUGUGGUCAAAUAGUUUCCAUAAAGAUGAUGCAUUUACAUUUUUAAUGUACAAAAUCCAACUUUGUACAUAAGGUGGUUCACCAAAAGUGGUGACUUUCUUUUUAUUUAUUUAUUUAUUAUUAUUGUUGUUGUUCAUAGUUUUUGUAUAAACAAUAUGUUGAAUUAAAAAUGUUGGUGCAGUGAUUACUGCAAACAAUUAGCACAAACCUGGUUCAAAAAAUUAAUAAAAUAUUGCAUUA